AUAACCCGAAAAGUUUACAUUAUUGCGAAUAAUACGUAUAGUUAAACAAUUAUUUGGAUUCUUAUAUGAUUAUAUUUUUUAAAACUAAAAACUUUGAUUCAAGAAUCAAUUGUGUUUUUUAACCUAAUAAACUGAUUUAUUAAAAAUGAGCGAAACAAGGAAGCUUGCCCCAAGCAGAUCAACUGUUUACAUUAGUAAUUUGCCAUUUUCUUUAACAAAUAAUGACAUUUACAAGUUGUUAAAAAAUUAUGGCAAAAUUGUGAAAGUUACUGUGGUGAAAGAUAAAAGUACGAGAAAAAGUAAAGGAGUAGCUUUUGUUUUGUUCUUGUCAACUGAAGAAGCUCAAAAUUGUGUUAAAGAACUCAAUACUAGAAAGAUAGGCGGACGCACAAUCAAAAGUUCAAUUGCAGUUGACAACGGUAGAAGCGCAGAAUUUAUUCGACGCAAGGAUUAUCCAGACAAAUCUAAGUGUUACGAGUGUGGUGAGGAAGGACACUUGUCAUAUGAGUGCAUAAAAAAUACUCUUGGUCGUAGAACUCCACCACCAAAAAAAGUCAGAAUUAGGAAUAAGCGAAAACAUGAAAUCGAUGGCGAUGAUGAAAUAAACGACUCAAAUUGUAGCAAUGUUGAAAAUUCAGAUGACGAAAUAGACACAUUGAGUUCUGCUAUUAUGGAAGAGCAAGAAAAAAGGGAGUACGAAAUAUCCAGGUGUGAGAGUCUGGGUGUACAGUACACGUCUCACGAUCAGCAGACUGUAAAAAAGAAUAAACGGUUUAAAAAGAGCUCAUACUUUAGCGAUGAAGAGGAACUUAGUGAUUGA